AUGACUGAUAAUGGUAUUCGAAUGAAAUCAAAAAAAGAAAUAGGUGGAGGCGUUAGAAGAGUUUGUAUUAGAAAUAUUGGAAUGAAAGGGAUUGGAACAACAAAUUCAUUUACAUAUAAUGGCAAAACUUUGUCUGGAAAUAAUAUUAACGGAUAUCCACUAGAAUUUUCAUUAAAAUAUGCUGAUGGUGACAUGGGUAGCUUCCCUCCAGCAGAUAUUCCGACAGUCUUUACUGAUAUAAAAAUAAAUGAUGUGAGUAUAGAUCAAAUAGACACAAACCACGCUUCUGGUUGUAUUGAAAUUGAUGGAACUCAGGAAAAUAUGCAUAGUGGUUUUGUGAGUUUUUUUGUUUGA